AAUCAAACUUCAAUUCAAUUGCAUUCAUAGUUCAUUUAUGAUCGUAAUUCUACGUUGAUCUGAUCCCAACUCAUUAAUAGUCCAAAGUCCAACGUGGAAAUUUGAGUCACACAGCACAACCUUGGAUCCAACACUUUCACCUGUGUCUCAAAUUCCAUAAUUCAAUCAACCCCAUUGUUCUUAUCAGUCUCAAGCUCGGAUUUUGAGUGUAAAGAUCUGUGCUUUGGCCAUGGAGAACUCGGAGAAGGUGGUGGCUGUGAUCAUGGUGGGUGGGCCAACCAAAGGGACCAGAUUUCGGCCUCUUUCGUUCAAUAUUCCCAAACCCCUUUUCCCUUUGGCUGGCCAGCCAAUGGUUCACCAUCCUAUUUCUGCUUGCAAAAGGAUACCCAAUUUGGCUCAAAUAUAUCUUAUUGGAUUCUACGAGGAGCGAGAAUUCGCUCUAUAUGUCUCUUCAAUCUCAAAUGAGCUGAAAUUACCAGUAAGAUAUUUGAAAGAAGAUAAACCGCGUGGUUCAGCAGGUGGCCUUUACUACUUCAGAGAUAUUAUCAUGGAGGACAGCCCAUCACAUAUAUUUCUGUUAAACUGUGAUGUUUGCUGCAGUUUUCCACUACCAGCAAUGCUUGAUGCCCAUAAAAGAUAUGGUGGGAUGGGGACAAUGUUGGUGAUCAAGGUUUCAGCUGAAUCUGCUAACCAAUUCGGUGAGUUGGUUGCUGAUCCAACCACUAAUGAGUUGCUGCAUUAUACUGAGAAACCUGAGACAUUUGUCAGCAAUUUGAUAAAUUGUGGUGUGUACGUUUUCACCCCUGAUAUUUUUACUGCAAUUGAUGAUGUAUAUAUUAAUCGAGAAGGCAUAGGUUGGUCACUUUCAAUCACCUUUUAUAUACUUUCAAUCUUGAAAGACUUGUGUUGCAUGAAUUGAUUCUCUGAUACAUAAGAUUUAACUCGGUUCAACCUUUAGAAUUUUAACUAAUGAGUGUUGCAUAGAAGUGGUAUAUAUUAUGAACCAAGAAGGCAUAGGGUGAUCUAUGACAAUUGAAGUUUAGAAAACUUCACUUAUAAAAGGCUUGUGUUUCAUUAAUUGAUUCCUGAUACUGAAGAUUGAACUUGGCUCUAACCUUCAGAAAUUUAAACAAAUUUGUAUAAGCAGGUAUAUGAUAUGAACUGAGAAGACAAAUUUUAUUUUUAUCAUAAUUUAAUAAGCUUCACCAUUAAAAGGCUUGUAUUCCAUCAAUUUGUUCCUUAAUAGACAAGAUUUAACUUGGCUUCAACCUUUAGACUUUAGACAACAUAGGCACAAUACACAAAAUUGCAAAAGUUGAGAAAUGUUGUUAGUAAUAAUGAUUCUAUUUCCAAUCACUGUUUAUAUUGUUCCCUUAUAGGCACACUCACACACAUUUGGUAGCAUAUGACCAGCUCCUGUAAUUGGUGAACCCAUAUAACUUUUCGCUCCAAAUAAUUUUCUUUAUUUAUUUGUAAGGGUCUGUGUUUUAUUAGUACCUACCAGAUGUUGCAUACCCUUUUCAUUGCAAGAACUAUGCUGAUAGGUUUUGAAAACGUUUGGGCAACUUAGGACUACAAAAAAUAUCUACACAAGGACUAAAUCAAAAUUGUGCGAAUUGUAUA